GGUGUCUAAGGCGGUAGUAGGUAUUCAUUUUUUGUUUGCCAAAAAUGCCCUUAGCAGCUCUAUAAAUUGGACAUAAACUCAUAGCAAGCAAAACACACAAAGAAAGAUGAAGUCGAUUAAUAUUUUGAGUUUCCUCGUGCUUUCAAGUACCCUCUCUUUGGUUGCCUUUGCUCAAUCUUUCAGUUCUGAGAAUCCAAUUGUCCUCCCCACAACUAGUCAUGAUGAUGAUAAUCUUGUACUCCCUGAAGUUUAUGACGACAAAGGCCAUCCGCUGAGGAUUGGUGAGAAAUACAUUAUUGAGAAUCCUCUCAUCGGGGCCGGAGCCGUAUACUUGGACAAUAUUGGAAACCUUACAUGCCCAAACGCCGUGUUGCAGCACAUAUCGACUCCACCAUUUUUGGGAGAAGGCACGCCCGUCAAGUUCGUUCGUAAGCCGGAUGAUGGUGAUGUGGUGCGUGUAAUGACUGUUGUUUAUAUCAAAUUCUUUCCUAAAAUAACAAGCUUAUUGUGUGUUAACGAAACUGUUUGGAAAGUUAAUGAUGAAGCGUUGGUGGUAACUGGUGGUAACGUAGGAAAUGAAAAUGACAUCUUCAAGAUUAUGGAAACUGACUUGGUGACACCAGAAGGUUCCAAAGAAUACAGGUUACUGCAUUGUCCCGCUCAUCUUGGGUGCAAAAAUAUCGACGUCAACUUUAAAGAUGGAUAUCCUCGUCUGACGAUUGUCGAUGACGAUAAGAAAUUUACUCCAUUUGUGUUCAUCAAGGCGUAGAAUGCUAAUUAACUGGCUAGCUUGCAGCUUUCUAAAUAAAGUGGGGAUAUAUCCUUCUAUCGCUCCAUGUAAUUUAAAUUAAUGUAUGCUUAUCAAUAAAUAAACAAGCUAGCAAUCCUUCUUCAUUCAAAAA